GCAGGUAUGGUGGGCGGGGAUAUGCUGAGCAGAGGGAACUGAGGUACAAAAAGGCCUGGGUCCUCAGGGAACUUUCGGAGUGAGAUUUGGAAAUGGGGUGUGGAGAGAGGCUAGGACCCUUCACGAAAGGCCUCGGAAUGGGAAAAGGGCUGUUUGCCACACAGCUGAUCCGGAAGGGGGACACCGUCUUUGUAGAACGGCCCGUGGUGGCUGCGCAGUUUCUCUGGAAUGCACUUUAUCGCUACCGAGCCUGUGAUCACUGCCUUCGGGCACUGGAGAAGGCAGAGGAGAAUGCCCAGAGGCUGACUGGGAAGCCAGGCCAGGUUCUGCCUCACCCUGAGCUGUGUGCCGUGCGCAAGGACCUCCACCAGAACUGUCCCCAGUGUCAGGUGGUGUACUGCAGUGCAGAAUGUCGACUGGCAGCUGCUGAGCAAUACCAUCAGGUCCUGUGCCCAGGGCCCUCCCAGGAUGACCCCCUGCAUCCUCUCAAUAAGCUGCAGGAGGCCUGGAGGAGUGUUCACUACCCCCCUGAGACGGCAAGCAUCAUGUUGAUGGCCCGGAUGGUGGCCACGGUGAAGCAGGCCAAGGAUAAAGAUCGUUGGAUCAGGCUCUUCUCCCAGUUCUGUAAUAAAACAGCCAAUGAGGAGGAGGAAAUUGUCCACAAACUCCUGGGGGACAAAUUCAAGGGCCAGCUGGAACUUCUGCGGAGACUCUUCACGGAGGCCCUUUAUGAGGAGGCGCUUAGCCAGUGGUUCACACCAGAUGGAUUCCGGUCUCUCUUUGCUCUUGUUGGGACCAAUGGCCAAGGAAUUGGGACCAGCUCCCUGAGCCAGUGGGUCCAUGCCUGUGACGCUCUGGAGCUGAAGCCUCGGGACCGAGAGCAGCUGGACGCCUUCAUUGACCAGCUGUACAAGGACAUCGAGGCAGCAACUGGCGAGUUUCUUAACUGUGAAGGAUCUGGCCUCUUUGUGCUUCAGAGCUGCUGUAACCACAGCUGUGUCCCCAAUGCAGAGACCUCCUUCCCAGAAAACAACUUCCUUUUGCAUGUCACUGCCUUGGAGGAUAUCAAGCCAGGAGAGGAAAUCUGCAUCAGCUACUUAGACUGCUGUCAGCGCGAGCGCAGCCGUCACAGCCGCCACAGGAUCCUCAGAGAGAACUAUCUGUUUGUCUGUUCCUGCCCCAAAUGCCUGGCAGAGGCUGAUGAGCCCAAUGUGACCUCGGAGGAGGAGGAGGAGGAUGAAGAGGAGGAGGAAGGAGAGCCAGAAGAUGCAGAGCUGGGGGAUGAGAUGACUGAUGUGUGAUGUCACCCUGCCUGGAAGGGGCCCCUGCCCCAGACCCUGCAGGAAAAGGGGGCCUCCCCGCAGAGAGGAGGCUCGGAAGGAACUCCCCACUCCCCUUGUCUGCUUUCUCCACACCCCCCUCCCCUGCCCCCCGUUCCAGCUCUGUUUCUGCCGGAGAGUAGGACGGAGGCUGGACCCUAGGCCCUAGGCACUCACCUCCCACCAGACCUCAUGCCCUGGACACUGCUGCUGAGUGGCUCAGGCCCUGCGCUGUCCCCAAGCCUCUCAGAACUGCCCCCGCACAACACGCGUGCGCGCACACACACACACUCCAGGUGUGAGCAGCUGCAGCCAAGGUCAGGCCCUAAGAGCGUUUCUUCCCCUUGGCCCCAUGGCCAUGCUUACCUGUCCACCUGAGGAUUCACCCCUUUCAGCCUGCUACAGACGGGAUAACAAAAGGGCAAUCUGAGGACAGUCUGCCCGCACUGAAGUGAAAGGAGGGGGGUGACCUGCCUCUACCUUCUUCCCCGCCUCCCACCGUUGCAGCUGCCAAGGCAGCUGCCUCCUGCUAGCACUGCUGGGAGAGGCAGGAAGGAGCAACCUGGCCUCCAGAGCACCUUCCCUGAGGCUCUGUGCCAGGGACACUGAACCAAGGGGAUACUUCCUUCUGCCCACCUCCUCCCCCCCACUAUUUGGACAUCUGGGGGAGCGGAGAUUAACCCCUUCCCCAGACUCCAGAAUCUCUGUACCUUGUGCCUUGCCUCUCAGGCCCUGGCACAGUGGCUGGCCACAUGGGGUGUGAAGAGGCCUCUGCCUCCCUCAGGAGGGGCAUGUGGGGGAUCAUCAUCCCUUCCUCAACACUCUUUCCCACCGAGGACUCCAGCAGCUUGGCUGACACUGGGGCAUGACAGGCCUGCGCUCCUUGUUUGGAUGCUCAAAAGGCUUCUCUGGGACCAGUUUAACAUAGGACAGUGAGGGGCUCUCCUGGCCUCAAUCUCCAUCUUUAGGGUCUCCAGAGAGGAACAUUGAAGUCUUCCAGAAACCUAGAGGAGCUGGGCUGGAUAUUCUGACUUAAGCCCUGACUGUGUCACCCUCACUCCCCCCACCCCGCCCCCGAUUUGCACCACCCCUCACUCUUGGGUUGGAUGCUAUGAGAAUUAAAGCCCAUCACUUGCAAUUUCGUCGCCUACCUUCCCUGGGUUGGGGGGGCGCCACAUCCCCCUGCUGAGGGAUCUCUGGGAGGGCAGGUGCCCAGCCCAUAGGCUGUCUUAGAUCAUGAUUGGGUGGCGCCCCACCUGUGCGAGGCCUAUCCCGGGUUCUUACUCCUUCACAGCAGUCAGCACCCCCUCCCACCCC